CCGGGACGCGUCGCUAUGGAGACAACUCCGGAAAAGGAAGGGGCCGAACCCGUGGGCUCUCGACCCUGGCCAAUGGCCGCACGCGGUCGGGAGGAUGGGCGCGAGAGAGCUGAACCUAUGAGACCGCAGGGGAAGAACGUAAGGUACCUCCCCUUCUGGGCUCAUCUAACUGGUGAGUGGCUCACCGCGCUCCCGAGGAGGAAGGGGGCGGAGCCUCAGCCUACGCGAGGUCUUGAGACUUCGCUUCCUUUCUGCGGAUCUGAGUGGCUGGGGCCCAGGAAAGAAACACGUGAAAGGGGCCAAAGGUCUCGAGGCUCCGCCCCCGCCAGUCGACUUCUGGACUUGUGGCGCCUUUGGGAGAAUCGCCCUGGCUCUGGGAGGUGGAAGAUGGCCUCCGUAGCGGCAGCGGCGGCCCCUGCGCGGGUGGGAGACAGCAAGACAGCGUGCACGCUGGAGUUCGCCGUGCAAAUGAGCUGCCAAAGCUGCGUGGACAGGGUGCGGGCGUCCCUGCGGGGCGUGGCAGGUAUCCAGGGAAUGGAGGUGCAGCUGGAGAAUCAGAGCGUCCUCGUGACCACCACCCUGCCCAGCCAGGAGGUGCAGGAUCUCCUGGAGAGUACAGGGUGCCAGGCAGUGCUCAAGGGCAUGGGCAGCCACAUGCUCCAGAACCUGGGGGCAGCCGUGGCCAUGAUAGGGCAGCCUGGGGCCGUCCAGGGAGUUGUGCGUUUCUUACAAGUGUCCCCCAAAUGCUGCCUCAUCGAGGGGACGAUCGAUGGCCUAGAGCCUGGGCCCCACGGCCUCCAUGUCCAUCAGUAUGGGGACUUGACCCAGAACUGUGCCAGCUGUGGCGACCACUUCAACCCGGAUGGGAUGCCUCAUGGCGGCCCCCAGGACACCCAGCGGCACCGCGGAGAUCUGGGAAACGUCUACGCUGGGUCCGACGGGAGAGCCACCUUCAGGCUGGAGGAUGAGCAGCUCCAGGUGUGGGACAUCAUUGGCCGAAGCUUGGUCAUCGAUGCAGGCGAGGACGACCUGGGGCAGGGAGGGCACCCUCUCUCCAAGAUUACAGGGAACUCUGGAGAAAGGCUCGCCUGCGGGAUCAUCGCUCGCUCCGCCGGCCUCUUCCAGAACCCCAAGCAGAUCUGCUCCUGUGACGGCCUCACCCUCUGGGACGAGCGGGGCCGGCCCAUCGCCGGUGAGGGCCGAAAGAAGCCCCCUCAGACCCCCGCUCACCUUUGACCUGCCGCCACUGAGACACCCCCGAGGACUCGGCAGACCUCCCCCAUCGAAUCAAGUGGAAUCAGAAAAUCGUUCUGUGGACCAGCCCCUGCCCCUUCCUGCCCCAGGGCCAAGCUGCUCCUGUCUCUCUUGUAAUUAAAGGUUUAUUUUCCUAUCA